GAGGGUGGGCGGGACGAGGAGCGGGGCCCGAGCCCGUGCACACGGAGGAGGUGGGGUGCAGGAGGAGGAGGAGAGAGAAAACACACCCGGGUAUUUAUGCUGCAAAUCCCCCCGCUCGCCGCAAGUUGACGGGUUUAAAACGACCCCGGGAGGCCCCGAAGCCUCGGGGUUCGAGUGACGCCCCAGCCGGGUUGCCCCUCAGCACCCCCGGGCGGCUUCCCUCCAUGUGAACCAUUCCCCCCCCCCAAACUACUGAUCAUUUUUUAAAAAUUUGCCCAAUUAUUCCUAAAGUUUCUUCUAGUGAUUUUUUUCUUCCUUCCAUGUCCGGCUCGACCAGCUGAGCUAGUUUUUUUUUUGAAAAAAAAUAGAAGUUGUAUAUAUUUUCGUUUUUUUUUAAUUUAAAAGUUUUUUUUUCCGCGUGGAGAUUUUCAAUUUAUCGAUAUGUCCACGAGAACACCAUUGCCUACACUCAACGAGACUGACCAGGUCUAAGGUUGGUUGCUGAAGUUGAUAUUGUGCUGUACACCCCUCGUCCAGAAUAUGCUGUAACAGCGUAGACGUCUUGGAUGGCACAGCAGUGUCACGUUUACAGCGCCAGCGAUUGGGGUCUGAUUCCUGUCGCUGUCUGAGUAGAACCUUCUCCCUGUGACCAUCUGGGUUUCCUCCUGGUGCUCUGGUUUCCUCGCACAUCGCCAAGACGUACGGGUUAAGCACACGGUGGGGCACGCGGAGCCCCCGAACCAGGCCAAGCCAGUUGGCAGGACCAGCAUGCCGCGGUGCCGAGGCUCCAUUGCCACCACGGCCGAGGACACCCCUCACAUCGGCAACUACCGGCUUCUCAAGACCAUCGGCAAGGGCAACUUCGCCAAGGUGAAGCUGGCUCGCCAUGUGCUGACAGGGAAGGAGGUCGCUGUCAAAAUAAUCGACAAGACCCAGCUGAACUCCUCCAGUCUGCAGAAGUUGUUCCGUGAAGUUCGAAUAAUGAAGAUUCUGAAUCAUCCCAACAUAGUUAAAUUAUUUGAGGUUAUUGAAACAGAGAAGACACUGUAUCUAGUAAUGGAGUAUGCCAGUGGGGGGGAAGUCUUUGAUUACUUAGUUGCGCAUGGAAGAAUGAAAGAGAAGGAAGCCAGAGCCAAAUUUCGACAGAUAGUAUCUGCUGUGCAAUACUGUCACCAGAAGUGCAUUGUUCAUCGGGAUCUGAAGGCCGAGAAUCUGCUCCUAGACGGGGACAUGCACAUAAAAAUAGCGGACUUUGGCUUCAGUAACGAGUUCACGCUGGGGAAUAAACUGGACACGUUCUGCGGCAGUCCCCCCUACGCUGCUCCGGAACUCUUCCAGGGCAAGAAGUACGACGGGCCAGAGGUGGACGUUUGGAGUCUUGGCGUGAUCCUCUACACCCUCGUCAGCGGCUCGCUGCCUUUCGACGGCCAGAACUUGAAGGAACUCCGGGAGAGAGUGCUGAGAGGCAAAUAUCGAAUCCCCUUCUACAUGUCCACAGACUGUGAAAAUUUACUCAAGAAAUUCCUGGUACUAAACCCCGCCAAGCGAGGCAACUUAGAGCAAAUCAUGAAAGAUCGGUGGAUGAACGUUGGUUACGAAGACGACGAGUUGAAGCCCUACUUGGAUCCCGAGCCCGAUUACAAGGACCCCCGGCGGACAGAGCUGAUGGUUAACAUGGGGUACUCGCGGGAAGAGAUCACCAGCUCCCUAGUGAACCAAAAAUACAAUGAAGUCAUGGCCACGUACCUGCUGCUGGGCUGGAAGACCUCGGAGCUGGAGACGGACUCUCUCUCCACCAGCAACCUGUGCGUGAAGCCCCGCUCCGACCACGCCAACAGCAACGCACAGUCGCCCUCCAACAAGGUACAGCGGAGCGUCUCGGCCAGUCAGAAACAGCGGAGGAUCAGUGACCAAGCUGGCUCCAACGCCCCCACGUCCAAGAGGAACCAGGCCAACAGCGCCAAUUCCAAGCACCCAGAGGAGGAGAAGGAGGGCUCGGAGCGUUCCAGCAGCAACGUCAAGGUGCCUGCCAGCCCACAUGGUGCCAGCGACAGGAAGAAGGUGGUCUCCUCUGCUGGCAUGAACAGUGCCCUGCCCACCAGCGUGGCUCGAGGCAGGAACUCCCCUCUGGUGGAACGAGCUGGCAUCGGCCAGCAAGGCAGCAUACACAACGGCAAAGACAGCUCGACGGUGCAAAGCUCCAGGAUAUCCUCCAUGUCGGUGACCUCGGCCCGGACACGCCACAGCAAGUCGAUGUCCACCUCAGUGCAUCCCUCGAAAUCCACAGGGAACAGCGGCGACUCGCAGCGCCCCAGCACAGCCCCACAGCGCAUUCCAGUCACCUCGCCUUCCGCCCACAACAUCAGCAGCAACGUGACCGAACACGGAAACUUCCCCCGGGGCGUGGCUAGCCGGCGCACCAUCGACGGCGGGCAGCUGCGCCAGUUCCGGGACCAGCAGAACGCCGCCUACAAUGGCCCCCCCGCCUCACCCACCCUGUCCCACGGCAACAGCCAGCAGCGCAGAGGGGCGUCCAGCAACAUCUUCAGCAAGUUCACGUCCAAGUUCGUGCGCAGAAAUCUGUCUUUCAGAUUUGCGAGAAGGGCGCCCAAUGAGGGAGAGAUCAGAGACCGAGCAGAGGGGCAAAGGCCGAAUGCUGUCAGCGAGAAGGACGAGAACAAGGACAUGAAGCCGCGGUCCCUACGCUUCACCUGGAGUAUGAAGACGACAAGCUCAAUGGAGCCCAACGAGAUGAUGAAAGAGAUUGGCAAGGUGCUGGACGCCAAUAACUGUGAACACGAGGGCCGUGAGCGGUACAUGCUCUUCUGCAUGCACGGCGACCCUGCCAAAGACAACCUGGUGCAGUGGGAGAUGGAGGUGUGCAAACUGCCACGGCUCUCCCUCAACGGCGUCCGAUUCAAGCGCAUCUCCGGCACCUCCAUCGCCUUCAAGAACAUUGCAUCCAAAAUCGCCAACGAGCUCAAGCUGUGAGGACAUUCCCCUGGAGAGGCGGCAAAGGGCCGGACUUGCUCCCGUUGGCCUGGAUUUCUGUCAUGGCAUAAUUUUCUCUGCGUUUAGUGUUCCUAAGUUUAUUUUUUAGUUUAUUUUUUUUUUAAAUUCUGCCUGAUCAUGUCUUGCACACUUGUCACGCUGGGGCCUGUUCAUUGGUCGCGGGAUUAUCCACGGUUUGACCCCCCCCCAAGGGUGGGGGAAGGGGUCGCACUCAGAGCAUUACACUCAAUCAAUGUAGCAGAUGGGUCAGAGGUGGGAUCAUGUCAGUCCUGAACUGGCACUUGAAGGGUUACACCAACCUCCUCCUCGUUACCAAGUUAGAUCAGCCCUCUUCUCUCUCUUUCCCCUCCCCAGGGGGUGUGUGUGUGUGUGUGUCACCCCUGAACAGGGAGUCUGGGGGCAGGGGCAACUGCCCCAGGCUUCUCCCUUCCCUUCUGUCCACGUCUCACUAUAGGGGGCAAGUUUUGUGAAGAGGAGUGUUAGAGGGUACACAUACCCUGGUCUUUUGGGGUUUUUACCCCCCCUCCCCGAGACCAGCGACACUACAUGGGCCGGGCUGAUCCCGACGGCCAUUUCUUUCCGCACCUGUGAUCACAUGUUACCUCCCCUGCCCCGCGUUUCUUUUGUGUAUAAUCUUCUUCUGGGUCGAGGCAGGGCUGGGGCACAGCCCUGUCAUCGGUUCUCGCCGUUGGAAGUUCUGAGAGCAUCCUUUCUUUUUUAAAAUUGUAAAUGAAUUAAUGAAGCUGUGUCCUGUCUUUGGAAUCUGCUGUUCCUGUCCGUUAAUUUUUUAAUUAAUUAAACAGAAAAUAAAUAGA